GCGAACAGCCCAACGUCUGUUUGGGUCACGCCCUCGCUCAAAUCAGCUCCUGAGUAGGCAAGAAAAAGGGGGCGGGACUUAGGUACAGCCAAUCAGCCAGGGAGGAGCGAAAAGGCGGGAGAAAGAGGGCCCAAAAGAAGGCUCAGGCGGCGCCCGCCAGCAGCAGGGGAGGGCAGGUGAAAGGAAGAGCCGGCCUCCAGGUGACGCUCACGGGUCGCGACACAGCUGAACCCGGGUUGGCCCGCAGCACGCAGACGGUGGCACCCUGCACUCGUGUCCCCAAAUCCUGGCCGCCAUGCGAUUCCCCUCAAGCCUGCAGAACAUGGCCAGCAGCGAGGUCGUGCACUUCCUGAGGAAGCCAAAGAGCAUCACCCGGAUCCUCGCAGGGGUCUUCUCCCUGGUCAUCUUCUCCUCCCUGCUGACCGACGGCUACCAGAACCAGACCAACUCUUCCCAGCUGCGCUGCGUCCUCAACGGCAACAACACGGCCUGCAGCUUCGCCGUGGUCGCCGGCGUCCUCGCCUUCCUCAGCUGCCUGGUCUUCCUUGCCCUGGACGCCCGCGAGACCCACAUGGUCAGCCCCCACUUCAAGAUGGCCUUCCGGCUCCUGGACAUCAUCCUGGCAGUGGCCUGGGCAGUCAUCUGGUUCAUGGGUUUCUGCUUCCUGGCCAACCAGUGGCACCAUUCGUCACCCAGAGAGCUCCUCGUGGGGAGGGCCAGCGCCAAGGCGGCCGUCACCUUUGCUUUCCUCUCCAUCUUUGUCUGGAUAUCCCAGGCCUACCUGGCGUUUCAGGACCUCCGGAGCGACAUCCCGGUCCCCUACAAGCGCUCCCUGGAUGAGAGCGGCGUGGUGCUGACCACCCUCUCCCCGCUAUCCACCUCCAGCUCAGUGAACUUGGCCGCCUCCGCCCCCAGCAGCUCGACAUACACCAGCUCUGCCCUGUCCCCCGGUGCGACCACCCUGAAGGGCCCCCGCCUGGCCAUGAUGCCUGACAGCUAAAUGCCCUUGUCCGAAACAGUAAAAAGACAUUCUUUCUCUAGAAAACA